UUUGGUGAUAGAAAAGUGUAAUGGAUUGACAAACUUAGUUUACUCAUCAACUGCAACAAGUCUGGUCAAAUUGGAAAGCAUAAAAUUAAAAGAAUGCAAUUCACUUGAAGAAGUAGUGAUGCAGGAGCUGAAUGUGACAUGUGAGGAAAUUGUAUUCAGAAGGUUGACAACUUUAGAGUUGGAAAGUUUGCCAAGACUCAAUAGUUUUUCAUCUAGUCAUCAGUGCUUCUUCAAAUUCCCGCUGUUGACGAGAGUUGUGAUAAGGCAAUGUCCAAGAAUGAAAACCUUCUGUGAAAGAGGAACAAGCACACCAAUGCUUCGAAGGGUAAUAAAAGAUGGAAAAGAUAAAGAAUGGUGCUUGGAAAGUGACUUGAAUGGAAUAAUAAAAAAGAUCUACGGGAUAAGGUAUGUUUUAUUUUCUGUUCAAAUAUGGUGUGAAAUAGAGUAAUGAUGAUGACGAGUAAAAAUCCCUUGUUAAUAUUGUUUAACAACCCUUCAAUGCAUUUUUAUUUUAGCUAAUAACUUUAGAAUUUCCUUUGCACAGAUUGCAUUCCAUAACUCUGAAGCAUUUAGUUUUAUCCUUGUAUCCUGAGUUAAGAGACUUGUGGUACAAUCCUGUUGAGAACAAAAUGUUCAGUAAUUUGAAAUCUCUAGUGGUGAAAAAUUGUGACUUCUUAUCACGUGUUCUUAUUCCUUCAAAUUUGCUACGAGCAUUGCGGAUCUUGGAAGAAAUUCAAGUAAGAGAGUGUGAUUCAUUAGAAGCUGUGUUUGAAUUUAAAACUCCAAAUGAAGGAGAAAUGGCAGAGAAAGAAGUCAUUCAUCUACGAAAGAUCUCUAUUUCUAACCUCCCGAAACUUCAAUAUAUAUGGAAGCAAGGUUGCCAAGAAAUUGAGAGUUUUGGAGAUUCAAAAGAGGUUCAAGCAGAGAGAUGUAAGAUGUCAAAAGCACCAACCGAUGGAGGGAAAAGGGAAGAGGAUGAAGUUGGAAUCCCCUGUCAACGACCUCUGUUUUCAGUGGCAAAGGUGGAUUUACCCAAUUUGGAAGCAAUAGCAAUGAAGGAUAUGCAAAACUUGAAGGCAAUAUGGGACCCCAUCCUCAGUCCAAAUUCUAUGGGCAGCUUUAAAAGUUUGGAAGUCAACAAUUGUGAGAAACUGGAGAAUAUAUUUCCAGCAUACAUGCGUAAAGGAUAUACGAGUCUAGAGACAUUGACUGUCCGGAGUUGUAACUCAGUGCAAGAGAUCUUUCAGCUGGGCGAUGUUAGUGAUUUGAUCAGUGAAGAGGAGAAAACUCAACUCAAGGAAAUGACACUGCUUCAAUUACCACAACUGAAACACAUUUGGAGUAGAGAUCCUCAAUCGAGUCUUCAAAUAUCAAGUCUUCAGUCGAUAUGUGUUGGACAAUGUAGAGUUUUAGAAUACCUUAUUCCAUUCUCCAUAGCACUGGGCCUUCCUAAACUCGAAAGAAUUAUUAUUAAACGAGCAGGAAAUAUGAAGAAUAUUGUCUCAAAGAAAGAAGGGCCCUCGGAUAGUCCUGCUAGAUUUGAGUUUAAACAACUGAACUCAUUGAAGCUUUGGAAUUUACAAGAUUUGGAGGGAUUUUGUACAGAAAAUCACACUUUAGUUUGUUCCUCAUUGAAAACCUUGAGUGUCCACAAUUGUAUGAAAUUGAAGUUAUUCAAGACACAAUGUCAAGAAGGAGUUUCUGAUAAUAAUCUCCAAGUUUCAAUGCAACCUCUUUUAGCGCUAGAAGAGUUAAUACACAACUUAGAGGGGUUAACUCUAAACAAUGAAGAUGAUAGGAUGGCUCUUCAAUGGCAAAUUUCGAGGGAUCGAUUUGCAAACUUAAAUUUCUUCAGAUGUGCAAUAUAGAAGAUGCCCAAGCUACUUUUCUAUACUGGAUUCUCCAAAAUAUCACUACUCUAGAGUGGCUAGUCAUUCGGUCCAAUUCUUCUAAGGUAAUAUUCCAAGACGAGAUACCUGGAGAUGAGAAAGGACAAAAAGAUAUCAAAGCAAAAAUAAAAAAGUUGACACUCAAUGACUUGGAUGAACUCCGACAUAUUUGUAAGGAAGGGUUCCAGUUAAACCCAAUUUUGGAGGCACUUGAAUACUUGCAUGUGAGCUGUUGUUCCAAUUUAAAGCUCCUGGUGCCUUCCUCUGUUACUUUCAAUCGCUUGGCAUAUUUACAGGUGCAAAAUUGCAAUGGGUUGAAUGAUGUAAUUACAGCAUCAACAGCAAGAAGUCUAGUCAAGUUGACAACAUUGAAGAUAAGAGCAUGUAAUUCAGUUGAACAAAUUGUGGCACAAGAGGGAGGAGAGAGCACAAAUAAAGAAAUUGCAUUUGAUAGCCUAGAAGUUUUAGAACUUGAAUCUUUGCCGAGACUUAAAAUGUUUUGCUCCAGUAGCUGCUACUUGAAGCUUCCGUUGUUAGAGAAACUUGUGAUAAGGCAAUGCGCGAGAAUGAAGAGCUUCUCUGCGAGCGACACAAGUGCACCAUUACUUCAAGAGAUAUUGACAGAUGACCAGGAUGAACAAUGGUUUUGUGAAGGUGACCUAGAUGGUACAGUGAAAAAUAUCUUCCAGCAUAUGGUGGCAUUUCGUAGUUUGGAGCGUCUGGAGCUAUUUCAAUAUCCUGAGUUUACAGAAAUGUCGAACCCAACAUCAACAUAUUCCAUUGGAGAGGCGGCAUUUAGUUGCUUCAAUCAUUUGGAAUUAUUUGAAUAUCCAGAACUGAAGCAACUAUGGUAUGGCCAGGAUGUGCAUAAAAUAUUUUGUAAUGUGAAGCAUUUGGUGGUGCAUAAAUGUUCAUUUUUAUCCAACAUCAUUUUUUCAUCAAAAUUACUGCAAUUGCUUUAUAUAUUGGAGGAACUGGAAGUAACAGAGUGUGAUUCGUUAGAAGCAGUAUUUGAUAUAAAAGAAGUGGAUGACAAAGUAAUGGAAUCGGACGAAGCUAGUCGGUUGAAAAAUUAACACUCUCGAGGCUUCCGAAUUUGAAACACAUAUGGAACAGAGAAGCUACAGAAAUAAUCAACUUUGGAAAUUUACAGGUUGUGAAAGUUGAUAGAUGCCAACAGCUGACAAAUUUGUUUUCCGUCUCACUAUGCCAAGGCUUGAGGCAACUUGAAGAGCUGAAUAUUGAGUCUUGUGAUGGUGUUGAGGAAAUUGUUGCAAAUGAAGAAGGAUUAGAGGAGCUUACGUUUGAUUUUCCUCGGCUAACACUCUUGAGGCUAAUACGUUUGACGAAGCUCAUUGUUUUCUAUCCAAAAAGAUAUACUCUAGAGUGUCCUUCACUGAAGAUACUAAAUGUCUAUCGAUGUAAAGAAUUGCAAAUAUUUUCAUUUGGCCAUUUGAAUUCCCAGCAACAUGGGGUGGGUGACCUUGAGUUACAAAAUCAACAAGCAUGGUUUCAUAUUGAAAAGGUAUCUCAAAACUUGGAACAGUUGUCAUUAAAUGAAAAGGAUGCCAUGAGGAUAUUGAAUGACAAUUAUGAAAAAAAUCUGUUUCAAAGCAUAGAAUUCCUUCGUUUGCAAUAUUUUCAGAGAACUCCAAUUAUUUUUCUAAAUGAUUUGAUUGGAAAAUUCUCAAGUACAGCAACGCUUCAAAUACGUUGCAGUUCUUUUGAAACACUUUUUCCACCUAAAGAAACUGGGCAUUGCAGCAUUAAAAUCCCCACCCAAAUAAAAAAGUUGUGGCUCUAUCAACUGGAGCAGCUGGAGCAUAUAUGGAAGGUAACUCUCCAUCAGAUGCCUUUGUUUUGGACCUUGAAGAACUGCAUAUCUUGGAAUGUUCAAUGUUGAUAAGAUUGGCACCACCUUUGACAUCUUUCAUAAAUUUAUCUUCCUUGUUGGUGAAGGAUUGCGAUGGAUUGAUUUACUUAAUGACAUCUUUUACUGCUAAAAGUCUCGUCCACCUCACAAGCCUGUCAGCUAGCAAUUGUGAGAAGCUAAAGGAGGUUGUGAUGACAAACGGAGAAGAAUUAGAAGAAGAGAUCAAUUUUGAAAGCUUGAAGUCUUUGGAACUAAGUAGUUUAUCAAGUUUCAAAUGCUUUUGUUCUGGGAAACACACCUUCAUCUUCCCAUCUUUGGUGGUAUUAAAAGUAACAGGAUGCCAUAAAAUGCAAAAUUUCUCAUCUGGAUUCAUUGUGGCCCCAUUUUUGAAAUUUGUGGUAGUGGAAAAUGAAAAAAGAUGUUGGAAAGAGUCCCUCAAUAUCACUAUUAACCAAAUGUUCUUAGACAAGGCAAUUGCAGAAGAGGUUGAAAGGGACAACGAGGAAUCUUCAAGUGGCAGUCAAAGGCAUGAAACUAGUGCGAGUACAAGCAGAGCAUCAAACUCCGAGGAGCAUGGAGCACUAUCAAAGGCCAGUGAGAUUGUUGAUUCAGGGAAGCAACAAAUACACAAACUUCCAAUUCCACAUUCAGGUAUUGAUGCUCAUAAGAUGCGUGAAAUCACUGAGCUGCCCCUGGAUCAAGUUAGUCAAAACACAUUAAGUCUCCCAAAAGUUGAUGCAGCCUCUGGAGCUGAAGAGGCCAAUGCGACCCUUCAAAUGUCAUUUGCUAAAUCCGUUGAAAACACUUCAACUCAUAUCUCAGUUCAGGAAACAGAAAAAUCACAUGAUUCAGAUAUCCGGACACAAAAGAUGCAUGAAAAAUUCAAGACUCCUCAAAUUCAAGCUGCUCAAAAUGAAAUAAACCCUAUUAUGGUUCAUAAUGCAGCUACCACAACUCGAGGAAUGGUUCAAGCUGCCCAAGAUGCUUUGGAUUCUAACAUAGAAAAGGACAUGUUCAACCAAACCAAUAGCUCUGUAAUUGUUGAUAAAGGGGAAACUAUUGGGAACCAAGAUAUGGAUGAGAAUAUUAAUAAACCAUUAAUUCAAAUUGAUCAAGACAAAAUAAGGCUUGCCACAAUACAAAACACAGAAGAAUCACACGUCUCCAAAAUUGUUCCCAGCGAAAAUUUGUCCAAUUCGCCUGCAACCUCUGUAAUUGGUGACACGAAACAAACUAUUGGAACUCAAGAUAUAGAUGAUACCAUUGACAAGGAUGGAGGGAGCCUUUCAAAAGCACAAAACUCAGGGAUGUGUGACACUAUCAAAAAGCUCUCAUCUCAAGCUCCUCGAAAUGUACUAAAAUCUACCACGAUUGAAAAUAUAGGUUCUAAUGGUUUAGAAAAAUCCCCUGGCCCGGAAACACUUCCAAAUGAGAGUUUGCCAAGCCAGACUUCAAACUAUACUGAAUAUACAACAACAAUUGAUCCAUCAACUUCACGAGCUCCAGAACCCAUGACUUCAUCAAUGUUAGCAUCAAAUGCUGACAGCAACUACAAGUGGAUGAUUGACACUUCGGUACAGAACUUGCCAUAUCUGGAGGCUGGAGUGAAGUGUCAUCCUCAAGUCCUUGAUUGGUUCAAUACAAAGCGAAGAAGAGUAUUUGCUUCCGUAUUCACUGAAGUCACCCGCAUUUUGAGGAGCACUCGAAGACGUGACUUGACAGAGGAUGAUCGAAACUACAUCAGAGAGUGUUGUACUGCUUUAGAAGCAGUUGGUUUCGAUGGUUCUUGGCUCAGUUACGUGCAUGGUUGCAUUGAGAGCUGUGUUGAUGGCGAUGAACUCAGCAGAAAGCUUAAAGAGGCUGAAGCUAAAGCUUCCACUCUUAGAACUGAGUUAGCUUCUGCUGAAGCAUCCUUAGUCUCAUUGCGACAUGAGGCGAGCAAGCUCGAUCAUUUUAUUGAGCAAUGAAGAUGAAGUUCACACUCAUCCUUGCUUGACUGGUUCAAUACAGUAAUAUAUUUGCUUCCACUUUCUUAAUGUUGUUUCUUGACACUUCCCUUAAUUAUCAGCACUAUAUUUUUACUUUUGCAUGCUGGUUUGUGGUUUGCCUGAUGCAUAUUAGUAAUAAUCUGUCAUUUGUAUCCGAUUCAGUUGUCCUGUAUGUUAGGCAUAGAAAGAAGAGGCAAUUCUAUACCCUUCUGUGGAUAAUAUUCUAAUUAUUUGGUUUUGGCUUGUAUUGUUGGAGAUUAAUUUCUUGUCAUUCUAAAGUGGGUCUGAGAACCUGUUCAGUGUU